CGACUUACCAUGAACAUCCACGACGUCCGCGUGCAGGCGCUGGUCGCGACGACCGCGACGGUCGCACUCGGAACCCUCUACUCGGUCCUCGCAAGCAGCUAUGUUGAUACCUCGGAUCCUCUCCUCACCCACCUCCCCCAUCCCCUCGGCCCCACGCACUUUUUCGCCAACAAGGCCAACCCCCUAAACACCGUUUUCAUCAAGAACGCCUGGGGGUGGACGACCGCGGCGGCAGCGAUCGCGAUAACAGCGCGACCCCCGCGGCGUGCACUCCCCCAGAUCCUCCGCUGGGGCGUCGCUACCGCCGUCUGGCUCGCGUUUGCUGGCUGGUUCUUCGGGCCCUCCCUCAUCGACCGUGUCACCGUCGCCAGCGGUGGCGAGUGCGUCCUCGUGGUCCCCCACGAAGACAUGGAGAACGUCGUGAUCCUCCCGCACGAGUAUUGCUACACGGGCACCAAGGUCUCGCCCGAGACGCACCCCGAUCUAUUCACCGCGCAAUUCGACUCUACCACCGGGUCGUACGUCAUCCCCUCCUCGUGGGGCGGGCGCCCCAGGCUCCGUCGCGGCCACGACGUCUCCGGCCACAUCUUCCUGCUCACGAUGAGCAUCCUGGUGCUCGCCGAUCAGCUCCGACCCCUCCUGAAAUCGCAAGCGCCGCGGACCCUUGCGCGCACAUUCGCCAUCGCGGUCAACACCGUCAUGAUCGCUCUGUGGAUAUUUGCCGCAGGGGUAACGAGCGUGUACUUCCAUACGCCCGAGGAGAAGAUAACGGGAUUCUUAUUGGGCGUCGUUGGCUUCAUCAUCACUUUACUAGUCCCCAUGCGCCAUGAGCCCACUGUACGAAGGACAGCGGCUGCACAAUGACGAGCCUGCAUAUCGAUAGCCAUACAUUUGCGCUAAAAACCUAUUGCGAGACGAGCUUUGACAAUGACAGCACUACAUAGGCUGACGC